AUGAAAUCAGAGCCAGAUCAAAUAAUGGAAAAAAGCCCAAAAGGUCGAUUUAUUAGAGUAUUAAAAUAACAAUGCUAAAAGGCAGUUUAAUGAACAAAUUGGGAAAGGCACUUAUAAGACUGUAUAUAGAGGAUAUGAUGAAGAGUCUGGUUGUGAAAUAGCUUGGAAUGUUAUUCAUUUAGAUCAAUUACCAUAGUGUAUUAUAAAUUUUAAAAGUAUUAUAGAAGAGGAAAGGAAAAGAAUAUCUGAAGAACUUAGUAUCCUCAAUAAUAUAAAACAUCCAAAUAUAAUAAGUUUUAUCAACGCAUGGGUAAGUAAAAAUAAAAGUGAGGUUAUUUUUAUUACAGAAAUAGUUCAUGGAGGAUCAUUAAAAAAGUAUUUAAGAAAAUGAAUAUAUAGACAUUUGAGAAAAAUAUAGCGACCUCGAUUAAAAAUACUUAAACAUUGGUGUAGAGAAAUAUUAAAAGGUUUAGAAUACUUACAUAGUAUUGUACCAUAUCCAGUGAUACAUAGAGAUAUUAAAUGUGAUAAUAUCUUUAUUAAUACACAUAAUAAUCAAGUGAGAAUUGGGGAUUUUGGUUUAGCCAUAAAAUUAAAAUAAUAAGAUUUUACUUAAUCUGUAUUAGGAACACCAGAAUUUAUGGCUCCAGAAAUAUAUGAAGAAAAAUAUGGUCCUUCUGUUGAUAUAUAUGCAUUUGGUAUGACUUGUUUAGAAAUGGCUACUUAAAAAAAACCAUAUGAAGAAUGUACAGCUCCAAAUUAAAUUUAUUAAAAGGUAACUAUUUAAACAUUUCAUUAAGGUUAUGAAUAGAAUUAAACCAAAAACAUUAGAUUUAAUCUAAAAUUAAGAUUUAAGAGAUUUUAUAUUAAAAUGUCUUGAAGAUUAAGAAAAAAGACCAACAGCUACAGAAUUACUUAAUGAUAAAUUCUUAUAAGAAUAAGAAGAUGAUCAUUAACAUGUAGUCAUUUUAGAAGAGGAAUAAUUAGAAUUAAAUUUCUAAAAUGAUACUUAAAAAUAUAAUCCUAUUUUUAGAGAAUAAUUAGAUUUUAAUAAUUCAAUUUUGAUUUAAUUAAAUGAUGGUGAUGAAAUGCAUAUCAAAAUCAUUUUUAUAGAUUCAUCUUCAUAUACAGAAGAGUUUUAAGAAUUCACUAAAGUUAUUGUUUAGAAAUAUUAAGAUCUUUAAGACAAUGAAUAAUUUAUAUCUUUUUAAGAAUAAAGUAGAAAUUUAUUUUUAAUUAGUCAUUAAAUUUGGAGGAGUUGAAAAAGUUUUAUGGGUUAAACCAAGUGAAGAAUCAAAAAAGAUUAUGAAGACUUAAUUUCUGUAAUCGCUCGAAUCAUUUCAAUAAGUAAUAUUAAAUAUUAAUAUAGAUAAUAUCACCUCUUCUUUAAGAUGUUGACAUAAAUGAAUGGGAAUUGAUUGAAUAAUAACUAUUAGUGUAAUUUUAACAAUAAAGAAAGUAACUCAAAUCAAAACAGUCAAUUUGA